UCCCGCGCGUGUGGAGCGUGGGCAGCAGGGGCGGCCGUUCGCCACACCUCCGCCCGGGGCCAGGAGCCGCCGCCUUCUGCGUUUCGGUUUGUGAGCGGACCCGGCCAGGCCGGGAGCGAGAGCGAAACCCUGGAGCAGUCGCCGCGGCCGCCGCCGAAGUCGCCGAAGUCGCCGGGGCGAGGAAAGGCAGGCGAUGCCCCCAACCGCCGACCGGGCCACGUCCGCGGCGCGCGCAUGGCGUCGCCGCCCGGGCGCCGCGCACGCCUGGGGUCCCCCGGGCCCGGCAGCUCUUCCGAGGCCCGCGAGGAGCUGCGCCGCCGCCUGCUGGGCCUCAUCGAGCGCAGCCGGGUGGUGAUCUUCAGCAAGAGCUACUGUCCCCACAGCACGCGGGUGAAAGAACUCUUUUCUUCUUUGGGAACUGAAUGUUAUGUCUUGGAACUUGAUCAAGUUGAUGAUGGGGCCAAGAUUCAAGAAGUGCUGUUAGAAAUCACUAAUCAGAAAACCGUGCCCAAUAUUUUUGUGAAUAAAGUGCAUGUUGGUGGAUGUGACCAAACUUUCCAGGCAUAUCAGAGUGGUUUGUUGCAAAAGCUCCUUCACGAAGAUUCGGCAUAUGAUUAUGAUCUGAUCGUCAUCGGUGGUGGUUCUGGUGGCCUUUCGUGUGCAAAGGAAGCUGCCAUUUUGGGAAAGAAAGUUAUGGUUCUAGACUUUGUUGUCCCGUCACCUCAGGGCACGUGCUGGGGUCUUGGUGGCACUUGUGUAAAUGUAGGUUGUAUUCCUAAGAAAUUGAUGCAUCAGGCUGCCCUUUUGGGGCAGGCAUUACAUGACUCAAGGAAGUUUGGCUGGGAGUAUAAUCAACAAGUGAAGCACAACUGGGAGACGAUGACAAAAGCAAUUCAGAACCACAUCCGCUCUCUAAACUUUGGCUACGGGUUGUCUUUGAGGGAAAAGGCUGUGGCCUAUGUCAAUUCCUAUGGAGAAUUUGUUGAACAUCACAAAAUAAAGGCAACCAAUAAAAAUGGACAGGAAACUUAUUAUACUGCUGCACAGUUUGUCAUAGCAACGGGUGAAAGGCCGCGGUAUUUAGGAAUCCAAGGAGAUAAAGAAUACUGUAUUACCAGUGAUGACCUUUUUUCUCUGCCUUAUUGCCCUGGCAAAACGUUAGUGGUAGGUGCCUCUUACGUCGCCCUGGAGUGUGCAGGGUUUCUGGCUGGCUUUGGCCUGGAUGUCACAGUUAUGGUACGCUCAAUCCUUCUCCGUGGCUUUGACCAAGAAAUGGCAGAGAAAGUGGGUUCCUACAUGGAGCAGCAUGGUGUGAGGUUCCUGUGGAAAUUCAUACCUGUGAUGGUUCAACAGUUGGAGAAAGGUUCACCUGGAAAGCUGAAAGUAUUGGCUAAAUCUACUGAAGGAACAGAAACAAUUGAAGAAGUCUAUAACACAGUUUUGUUAGCUAUUGGUCGUGACUCCUGUACAAGGAAAAUAGGCUUGGAGAAGAUUGGUGUCAAAAUUAAUGAGAAAAGUGGAAAAAUACCUGUAAAUGAUGUGGAACAGACCAAUGUGCCAUAUGUCUAUGCUGUUGGGGAUAUUUUGGAGGGUAAGCCAGAGCUCACUCCCGUCGCCGUACAGUCAGGCAAGCUGCUAGCUCGGAGACUCUUUGGGGCCUCUUUAGAAAAGUGUGAUUAUAUUAAUGUUCCAACUACGGUGUUUACUCCUCUGGAGUAUGGUUGCUGUGGAUUAUCUGAAGAGAAGGCUAUUGAAAUAUAUAAAAAAGAGAAUCUAGAAAUAUAUCAUACUUUGUUCUGGCCUCUUGAAUGGACAGUAGCUGGCAGAGAGAACAACACUUGUUACGCAAAGAUAAUCUGCAAUAAAUUUGACCAUGAUCGGGUGAUAGGGUUUCAUAUUCUUGGACCAAAUGCCGGUGAGGUUACCCAAGGAUUUGCAGCUGCAAUGAAAUGUGGACUCACUAAACAGCUACUUGAUGACACCAUUGGAAUUCACCCCACAUGUGGGGAGGUGUUCACGACUUUGGAAAUCACAAAAUCCUCGGGACUAGACAUCACUCAGAAAGGCUGCUGAGGCUAGGCCUGCUGCUGUUUAGUUUUCUUUGUCAUAUUCUCAUUUCUCUCAAAGACAAGAAUGUUCUCAGAUAAAAUGAGCCUGUGCUCAUGACAGCUGCUCUGUUACUCAGGGACUAGUACAGGGCUCUCUUAUGACACUGAGAUGAGAAAGUAGACAAGGAGACAGGACAGCAGCAGGCAUCUGCCUUGUGGUCUCGCUGACUGCGAGAAGCAGUGGUACUGCUUCCUUGACGCCUUAACUCGAAGCCCCGUUACGAGAUGUGGAGUGCCCA